UCCCAAAAUUAACUCAGAACCCUAAUUUCCCCAGUUCCUAACCCUAACAGCCGCAGCCUCACCCUCCUUCAUAACAAAUGCAUACAAAUUGAAGAAAGGGGGAAACAGGGAGAAAGAGGGAAGAGAAGGGAGACGGCGCUGGCUGGGGCCUCGCCGCCGUCACCGUCGCUGUCAAGCGUGAAGGGUGGAGAGGAGAGAGCUUGCAUCCAAGAGAGAAGAGAUGCUGUCUGCCGUCACCGUCGCCGCCCUGGAGCUCGCCGUCGAGCUGCUUCACGGCGCCGUCCCGUCCAUGGACCCACAAGCUUGCGUUACUGCCGAUCCGUUCACAAGCCGUCGUCGAUGGGACAGAAUCGCGAAGAGAGAGAGACACACGAAGAGAAGCCCACGACCAGCCUUGUCGCCGUCAGCGCCGCGGGUUGCCGUCGCCAUCCUCGCGAGCUGCCACCGCAUCGCCGUUACUGAGCUGCAGCACCGCCGUUGUCGCACUCUGCUGCUGCCGCGUCUCGCCAAGCCGCCGCUGGAGGAGGAAGGCCCGCCAGUUUUGUUUCUGCUUAUGGGUUUUGGAAUCUGAGAAAACGCCACUGCCGUUGUUGUUUGUUGGGUUCAAGAUCAUUGCUGCCACUGGAAUCACGAACCGGAAAGGAGAGGAGGCCGUUUUCUGUUGUCGCUGGUGCUGCCAUAGGACGGUUGAAGCCAUUGCUGAUUAUGAUUUUGUUAUCUGGGGCUGAAAAUUGCUUUUGAUUCCUACUCAAUUUAAAUCCUCUAUUUUACUGCAACCAUGGUCAAAGUUGCGAAGGCUGGUAUUGUUGCCGUUCUGGUUGUGUGAGAGUUACCGCUGCUGCCCUGACACUAAAAGAGAAGUUGCUCAAUGUUCCAAAUCCUGCUGUUCUUGACAUUCCUGUUUGUGCAUUGGGGGGUGGAUAUUGGAAUUAUAUAUUAUUAUACAGAUUGCCUAAAGACUAGGAAUCUUCAUCUCUUAGAAAAAUACCAGUGGUAUCUUUUGGCCGUGAACUUCAACUUCCUGCACAUAUUAGUUGGAGAUGAUUUCUUGAUGUUUAAUGCAAAACGCAUUGAGAGAGUAAUACUAGAGUAUGCAUAGCAAAGUCCAAAAACAGGCAAUUAGACAGAACCCAGAAGUUACUCUUUGCUGUGAUGUACGCUGUAAGAUUGUAGGAAGAAGUGAAGAACCCAAUGUCUACAUAAGCAAUGAACAAACCACUGCGGCUGCAACGCUUUCCUUCCUUCAAACUUCAAUUUCAUGGAAACAUAAUUUCUGCCUUCCUGUUCUUGUCCCCAGUAGAGAUCCAAAAUCCUGUGAAUCACGUAAUCCAAUGUGCUCGAAGCCUACACCAGCCUUCAAAAAGUCGCAAAGUGUGAUGGAUGACGAUUUGCUUUUGAUGGUCCGCUCUGGUUUUGCAGUGGCGGCGGUGCCAGUGCUGGUUCCUAACCCUAACAGCUGUAGCCUCACCCUCCUUCAUAACAAAUGCAUACAAAUUGAAGAAAGGGGGAAACAGGGAGAAAGAGGGAAGAGAAGGGAGACGGCGCUGGCUGGGGCCUCGCCGCCGUCACCGUCCCUGUCAAGCGUGAAGGGUGGAGAGGAGAGAGCUUGCAUCCAAGAGAGAAGAGAUGCUGUCUGCCGUCACCGUCGCCGCCCUGGAGCUUGCCGUCGAGCUGCUUCACGGCGCCGUCCUGUCCAUGGACCCACAAGCUUGCGUUACUGCCGAUCCGUUCACAAGCCGUCGUCGAUGGGACAUAAUCGCGAAGAGAGAGAGACACACGAAGAGAAGCUCACGACCAGCCUUGUCGCUGUCAGCGCCGCAGGUUGCCGUCACCAUCCUCGCGAGCUGCCACCGCAUCGCCGUUAUCGAGCUGCAGCACCGCCGUUGUUGCACUCUGCUGCUGCCGCGUCUCGCCAAGCCGCCGCUGGAGGAGGAUGGCCCGCCAAUUUUGUUUCUGCUUAUGGGUUUUUGAAUUUGAGAAAACGCCAAUGCCGUUGUUGUUUGUUGGGUUCAAGACCAUUGCUGCCACUGGAAUCACGAACCGGAAAGGAGAGGAGGCCGUUUUCUGUUGUCAUUGGUGCUGCCAUAGGACGGUUGAAGCCAUUGCUGAUUAUGAUUUUGUUAUCUGGGUAUUUUCUGGUUGAAAUUGAGGGAACUGAGCAAAAAUCUGAUUCAGAGACUAAAAAGGACUGCAGAUGCUGUUGGAUUCUGACCUCCCUGCACUCGAAGUGGAUUUUCUGGAGUUACAGAAGCCCAAUUGGCGCGCUCUCAACGGCGUUGGAAAGUAGACAUCCUAAGCUUUCCAGCAAUAUAUGAUAGUCCAUACUUUGCCCAAGAUUUGGUGGCCCAAACCGGCGUUCAAAGUCACCCUCAGAAUUUCCAGCGUUAAACGCCAGAACUGGCACCAAAAUGGGAG